AUGAGUGCCUUUAGCUCUUUUUCCUCUUCUACUUCGUCUGCUGUUUCUUCUGCUCAGAACCCUAAGAAAUCGAAACGAAGAAAGAAGAACUUGAUUGAGAUGGCUCAGUUCUUACCUAACUGGGGAAUUGGCUACCACAUGGCCAAGACUCACUGGAAUGAAGUUUCUUACGAAAUCACUAAACUCAAUCUCUACAAGAAGACAUGGAAAAGGAUGGGGGAUUGCUUAUAA